AUGGCGGUGAACCGGAUAAAGGGCGCGUUCGCGGUCCCCCGUAAGGGCGAGACCUUCGAGCUGCGUGCCGGGCUCGUCUCGCAGUAUGCCUACGAGAGGAAGGAGGCGAUUCAGAAGACCAUCAUGGCCAUGACACUGGGCAAGGAUGUGUCUGCCCUGUUCCCCGACGUUCUCAAGAACAUCGCGACGGGCGACCUGGACCAGAAGAAGCUUGUCUAUCUAUAUCUGAUGAACUACGCGAAAUCACAUCCCGACCUCUGCAUCCUCGCCGUCAACACCUUCGUCCAAGACUCAGAAGACCCGAACCCGCUCAUAAGAGCCCUGGCCAUACGGACGAUGGGCUGCAUCAGAGUCGACAAGAUGGUCGACUACAUGGAGGAGCCCCUGCGCAAGACGCUCCGCGACGAGAGCCCCUACGUGCGCAAGACGGCCGCCAUCUGCGUCGCCAAGCUGUUCGACCUCAACCCGACCAUGUGCAUCGAGAACGGCUUCCUCGAGAUCCUGCAGGAGCUCAUCGGCGACCCGAACCCCAUGGUCGUCGCCAACUCGGUCCAGGCGCUGUCCGAGAUCAACGAGACCGCACCCGAGACCAAGGCCCUCGUCGUCACGCCCGCGAUGCUCAAGAAGCUGCUCAUGGCCAUCGCUGAGUGCACCGAGUGGGGGAGGGUCACCAUCCUGUCCACGCUGGCCGACUACCCGCCCGCGGACGUCAAGGAGUCGGAGCACAUCUGCGAGAGGGUGGCGCCGCAGUUCCAGCACGUCAAUCCCAGCGUGGUGUUGGCUGCUGUCAAGGUGGUGUUCAUCCACAUGAGGAUCAUCAGCCCGGAGCUGGUACGGCAGUACCUUAAGAAGAUGGCUCCUCCUCUAGUGACCCUCGUCGCAUCCGCCCCGGAAGUACAAUACGUUGCCUUGAGAAAUAUCGACCUCCUCCUGCAGGCCAAACCCGACAUCCUCAGCAAAGAGCUCAGGGUGUUCUUCUGCAAGUAUAACGACCCGCCGUACGUCAAAAUGCAGAAGCUUGAGAUCAUGGUGCGGAUAGCCAACGACAAGAACUUCGACCACCUGCUUGCCGAGCUGAAGGAGUACGCCCUCGAAGUCGACAUGGACUUUGUGCGCCGCGCGAUCAAGGCCAUCGGGCAAGUGGCAAUCAAGAUCGAGAGCGCAGCCGAGAAGUGCGUCAAUGCUCUUCUGGACUUGAUAGCGACCAAGGUCAACUACGUGGUGCAGGAGGUCAUUGUGGUGAUCAAGGAUAUUCUGCGGAAGUACCCGGGCUACGAAGGAGUCAUCCCUACGCUUUGCAACCAUAUCGAUGAACUUGAUGAGCCGAAUGCAAGAGGGUCGCUGAUAUGGAUCGUCGGAGAGUACGCUGAAAAGAUCAACAAUGCAGAUGAGAUAUUAUCUGGAUUCGUGGAUGAGUUUAUGGAGGAGUUCACACAGACACAACUGCAGAUCCUCACAGCAGUGGUGAAACUGUUCCUCAAGAAGCCAAGUAACAAUCAAGGACUCGUCCAAAAGGUGCUACAACAAGCAACGGCGGAUAACGACAACCCGGACAUUAGAGAUCGAGCCUAUGUCUACUGGCGACUGCUGUCAGGGGACCUCGACGUCGCUAAGAACAUCAUCCUCUCUCAGAAACCCGCAAUCUCCACAACCAUUUCCAGCCUCCCAACCGCCUUACUAGAGCAGCUCCUCAGCGAGCUGUCCACCCUCGCGUCCGUCUACCACAAGCCGCCCGAGUCGUUCGUCGGCAAGGGCCGCUUCGGCGCCGACGAGAUCCAGCGCGCCGCCAUCCAGGAGCAGCGCCGCGAGGCCGCCGACAACCCCAUUGCCGCCUCGGUCGCAGCAGCCGCGAACGGGGCCCAGCCCCAGAGCAACGUCGAGAACCUCCUGGACAUCGACUUCGACGGCGCGGCGCCAGCCUCCCAGGAGCAGGCGAGCGCGGCGGCCACGCCGGACAGGGUCGCGAGCCCCGCGGUCGGAGGCGCCGCCGGUGCAUCCUCGUCGGGCGGCAUGGCGGACAUGAUGGGGCUGUUCGACGUGAGCUCACCCACUGGGUCGUCCACCGCGCCGCCGCCGAUGGGCGGUGGCUUUGGCGGUGCUGGCGGCGGCGGUGCCAUGGGCGACAUGAUGAACGGCUUCGCGGGCAUGGACCUGAGCGGGAACAGCGCGCCGCCUCCACCCGGGCAGCAGUUGCACCCACAGGGGACGGGCAGCCAACCGCAGACUCCGCAGGGGCAGCAGCAAAGUGGUGGGGGUAGCGAUGACCUGCUUGGGCUAUUCUAA